GCGACGCGCCGUGGCGGGGCCGGAUUGGAGCCGGGCGGUGGCGGCGGCGGCGCAGGUGCUGAGCCAGGAUGGGUUUGGCCGAAGAAAAAGUGUACAGCCACAUUAUGAGGAACCUCAAGCAUUUCGGGACUAUCCAUGUGGGGUCGCUGGCUGAUUCCCUGACCUGCCUGGUCGAUUCUGACAGAGAUGAACUCCACGCCCGGGAGGAGAUGCGGGGCAGCCAGGCCACCGUGUUCAAGUUUUAUCAGCUCCUGAGGUGCCGGAAGGACUGGGUGCAGGAUCUCAUCCAAGCCCUGCGCCACAACAACGCAGGACACCUGGCUGAUGAGGUGCAGGAGGUGUAUGACACCUGGAAACCCCGUCCCUCAGCUCCCGCUGCUGACUCCUCCCUUCCCAGCAAUGCCCGUCCCGCUGCCUCCUCCCUGAGUGCCCAGACACCAUCCCUGCGGCCGAAUUCUGCUCCGGGAGCCCCGCUGGCUGAGCAGCCUCGCCGGGACCUGCCCGUUGGUGACCAUCCACCCGUCCUGCCCAGUGCUGCCACCACCACGAGCACGGAUCAGGAGGCCAGAAUUCCGGUGCAGGAAUCGCUCCCCAAAAAACUCCUGGAGCAAGAGAGUCUCCAGCCAUCUCCACCUGGGAGCACAGUCUGUGUUGGAGCGAGCGGAGAGGGACACCUCUCCCACCCUGGUGAUACCACGCAGGGGUCAGUGGGGACCCCCAGGGUGACCAGUGUGUCCGAGCCAUCGGCCGUGCCCCCGGAGCAGGGCCGGGACUGGCUGAGCCGCCGGCCGGUGUGUGUGGACAACGGGUGUUUUGGGAAUGCCAACCACCUGCACCGCGGGGCACCGGGCCUGGCGCUGGGCAGGGCUCUUCCAGCAAGGGAGCCCAGUGCCACUCACAGCCCCGAGCAGCCCCGCAACGAGCCCGAAGAGCACUCGGACGAAUCCACAGAAUUUCCCGCUCGUGGUGUGGGGCAGCAGCCCCCAAACUCACUGCCAAAAAAGCAGCCUGUGCUGAGCUCUGAGCCCCCGAGCAGCUUCGUGGAUGUGCGCAGCCCCCUCCUCAUACAGGAGCAGUUUGAUGCAGAGAAGAAGCGGGUCCAGAUGCUGCAAGAGCAAGGAGGGGAUGGAGACACUUCCAUGGGAACAACCACCCUGGUUGCUACCCCUGUGCCCAGAGGCACUUCCCCAUCCUAUGAUACCUCUGUGAAAUCUGUACCAGAGAAGAAACUGCCCACUGGGAACAGAGCUGGCAGCACCUACUCCAUGCCGACGGAGAAAGUGUUCCCAGCCUCGGCAGCCCCUCUCCUAGGCCCAGCUGUGGUGGGAAGCUCCGAAGGCACGGCUGGGAGAUCGGCCUCCCGGGUGAGCUCUGGCACGAGCAUCUGGGCUCCAUCCUGCAGCAACGCAGAGGAGGGUGUGGAGCUCAGCAAGCCGGGCGUCCUCGUCUCCAUUGCUUCGGGGGGCACAGUGGUGCCUGGCAGAUGCUCGGGCUCUCAGGGGCCCAGUAACCCCAAUUCUGCCACCUCCAACAGCCUCGGCCUCAGCAGCGACCCAAUCCUGGUGAGCAGGGAUAGCGUGGAAGGAGCAUUCUCCAGAGGCUCCUCGGCUCCAGUGGCUCGUGCAGACCCCGGGGGACAGGAGGCAGCUGGAGCAAGCAGAGACUCCCGUUCCGCUCCGAGCUGGGACAGCACCUCCCUGGGCACCCAUGAGGUCCGUGUGGAUCAUUACCCCAGCGUCCAGCUUGGAGCCGACAAUGAUGGAGUCGGUCCGCUCGGAAGCUCUCCGGAUUUCGACUCCAGCAGUGGCUGUGGCGCUGCCACCGGCUCAUCUCAGGCCAAGGUCCCCGCGGGGGACAGCAAUGGCCCGUCCCUGCCGUACAUCCUGCCGGCCGUGGGCAUCGCUGUCAUCUCCGCCGUGGCAUUCCUGGUGUACGCUCGGCUCCAGAAGUAGCAGCCGGGAUGUCACGCAGCCGGGGCGAUUCCUCUGGCAACAGGAUUCUGGCCAACGCGUUUGAAGCCUGAAGAGCAGCGGGGGAAUGGUAGGGGUGUGGUUAAAUCUCUUUCCGCAAGGUUCUGCUGGAAGAGGCCUUGGUACAGGAUGCUGUUGGGUUUGGAUCUGUUCCAUCCAAUUUCCCAACCAUCUUCUUUUUACACCCAUGGAGAGGGUCUCUCUCCAGGGCAAUCCCUUGAGUCAGAAAAGUCCUUGUGGCGAUUCUCCACGUCUUCCUUGUUCGGUCCCAGGAGGCCCCAGGGAAGCAUGCACCGGUGAUCCAAAGGGUGACCCCCUGGGUGCCUUUGGGCAGCGCAGCCAGGAGCGGUUUUGCAGAUAUCCUGUAAC